GCAUCUUGGCUCUGCAUCCACACCGCAACCAAAACGACAUUUGUUAACCGAUACCAAAGUGCUAUCAACCAGUUGCAGUGGAGGAGUACCAGUCAGUUGAGGAGUACCAGUCAUGGAUAACUAUAAGGACGCCUAUCUCCAGCAAUUGGCUCCGUAUGUGCGAGUCCACUUUAAUGAGUACGAGUCACAUGAGGUGAGUCAGGUGCUAUGGGCCCAAUUUGUUCAUUACAGUAUCUAUGGUAAAGUAUGGGAUAAUGGGAUAAUUAAGAAUCGACUUACGAGUGUUCGAUAUAUCAUUGAGAGAAUUGCUGAUCCGGAAAUAGAAAUACCGGUUCGAGAAGUCACUAGCGAGGAUAAGCAUUCGAUCUUAUCUCCGUUCAACAGUGAGUCUGACUUAUUUCCUAAUGGGAUCUUAGACGAUAAAUGGUUUAGUAAGUAUAUAAAUGGCUUACCAUUUGCUAUAAUAAUCAGCUUUAAAUUAAGUAGUGAACUUGAGCAAUUGAGUGAAAGGAUUAGCCAAUUCAAACGGCAAUGUCAAACUCAACAUAUAACGUUUAUUGCCUUAAUUAUAUCGGACAAUGAUGCAGUCAAUGAUGAAGAAGCAAUUAAUCAAUUACGUAUAUUAACUGGUUUACCUCGAUUAACAGGAUUACUCUACUUAAAUAUUAGUAAUCCAAACACUAUAAAACGAGAUUGUGAAGUGCUAGUACAAUCCUUACUAACGAAUUUAAAACCAAUUGGUCAUGAAUUCUAUACCAAUAUUGAAUAUAAGAUUAAACAACGAAAUAAGAAGUAUUAUACUAUACCUUCAACCAGUCAUUUAUCUAUGAAAGUUCAAUUACAACCGAAAUUCUUAGCUACGAGGAAUUUAAUUAAGCAAUGUAUAAUAAAUCAAUUCAUUAAUUAUUAUAAUCUUGAUAUAACUUUAAAAUUAUUAGAACAAGCUUAUCAAAAUCUAAUUGAAAUCUUAAGUGAUGUACAAAUUAAACUUGAAAUUACAACCGAGAAUCUUUCACAAUAUGAUGGUAAAUUAUAUAAUCAAGUCCGUACCUUAAUUGAUGUUUUAGCACUUCAUAUAGUAAGAAUAUGCUUUUCAAUUGAAGAUCCUAUACAAGCAUUAAGAAGACAUGAAAUUCAUGUAUUAAAUGUUAAUACAAUCAUUGAAAAGGAGAACCACUGUAAAUGGACUUCAAUUCAAUAUGAAUGGUUAGGACAAUUGAUGAAAUUAAUUCCUUCAUCAAUACUUAAUAGUUUAACCACCAAUUCAAUUCGAAAGAAAUCUCGAUUAAAUCGAAAUAUUCUUGGAUAUUUCGGAGGAAUCCGAUUCGAUGAUGAUGAUUAUGAAAUCAUAACUAAUCCUGGUUUAGUAUUUAUUACAGCAUAUACUUAUCUCCAAGAUUUCAUAUCUAUACCUACUAAAUUAAAUUACUUGACUAAUUAUAAUAAUGAAUCUGAAUUAAGUAAUCAUAAAUUAGAUUUAUUAAAUAAUGCUUGUCGAUUAAUUGCUAAGGAUUUAAAUUCGAAUUUCAUAUCAUCUCAAGAAGAUUCUUAUGAACUUUAUACUUCAUUAAUUAAUUGGUUAUUAGGGGAAGAAUAUCUUAAAAUUAAACAUUAUAGAAAUGCAACGGAGAAUUAUUUAGCUUGUUUAUCUAAGAAUACUCGAAAAUGGCCUCAUAUUUCAAAACUUAUUAUGAUGAAAUUAUUAUUGUGUUAUUCAUAUCUUGAAGAUCAACGCUUACAAUUAUGUACUAUCUUGAAAUUACUGUCAUAUAACUUUAGUGUACCUUCAACUAGUAAGAUAUCUCAAUUAAAAUUUGAUUCAGAUGCAGAGUAUGAUGUUUCAGAAUUACCUAAUUUAUUCAAAGUAGAUGUGUUUAUGGCCAAUGAGAAUUUCAGUCCAGAAACGUCAGUAUAUGAUGCAGUAUUAAUUCAAUUUAUACUUAAAUCGACCAUUAAACAUCAAUCAAUUUAUAAGCUUUUACCUGAAUCCACUGAGGUUGACUUGUGUAUCAAAUCAGUCGAGGUAAAAGUUGAUAAAUUGGAUGGAAAGAGAGCUAAAGGUAUAAAGAGUAUACUUAUCAAUAAUAAUAAUCCCAGUAACAAAGAUAAAGAUGUCAUGGAUCAAUCAUUGAGUAUUGUUGAUUUAAAGGAUAUAUCCAAUGGAAAUGGAAGUGAACUCAUAACUGAGACUAAUCUAAAUUAUUCAGAAGGGAUAGAUAAUGUAGUACAAAUCUUACAAACAGCCAAUCAUUCAGGAGUAUAUGAAAUCCAAUCAAUUAUCCUUAAUUAUACCAUUACCCUAACUCAUAAUCAACAAGUAAUCCAUCUUGAUAAGAUUGAGAAAUUCAUUAUUGCCGAUUCCAUCAAACUGAGUUUCCCAACUCAUCAUUUAACUUAUUAUACUGUCAAGGGACCCAUACAAAUGAGAUCACAUUUAAUGGGAUCUGCCACCUCAAUUAAAGUGAAUGCUUUAAAACCAAACUUAUCAAUAAGUUUACAAGAUGCAUCAUUACUUAAUUGUGUAAUUCUUGGAGAAAAGUUAACUAUCCCAUUUAAACUUAAUUUCCAACAUCCUAUACAAAAGAAAAUCAUUUAUGAUAAAUUCCAAUUAUCUACCAAUAUCUCUGUAUUAGAUAAAUCCAAUCAAAAAGUUGAUGAAUUUAAUAUUCAAUCGAAUUGGAAUGAUUUAAAGGAUGAUGAAGUAUUGGAUUUAUCUAAUUUAGUUGACACUGGACAAGAGUAUCAUAAAUUGAAUGUUAAUAUAUUUAAACCUCCUAAUACCAAUUAUAAAUCAGAUGAAGGAUUUAAUAUUUGUAUUGAUAUUAAAGCCAUAAUAAUUGAGAAUGAAGAUGAACAUGAACAUGGUUCACCACCAUUGGAUCUUCAACCAUCAUUAAUCUAUGAUGUUGGUAAUUAUAAUUUACCCAUUAUAGUUAAUCCAUUUCUGUGUAGAUAUAUCAUUAGUCCUCGAUUAAGAAUGGAUUCUAAUGAUAUGCCAUCACCAUUUUUAUUGAAUUCAGAAACUCCUACGCCGGCUUCAAUGCCUAUAGCCACUAGAACUUGGUUAGGUAAAGUAUCAUUUAUUGAUAAUUUCAAAUUAUUUGAACAUGAACAACCACAAAAUCUUCAAGUUGUUGAUGUUGAAUUCCAUAUUAAAUCCAGUAAUGGAGAUUUAAUUGUGGAUAUAAUCAAUGAACCAAUAAUUAACCAUAACCAUAAGGAUAAGGAUAAGGAUAAGGAGGAAUUAAAGUAUCAACAAUUAUUUACUAUAAGAAGUAAAAAUGGAUAUUCACAUCGAGACGUUCAAACUUUAACUUCAGUGAUUAUUAAAUGGAAACGUUUAGAUCAAGAAUCAAUUAAUAUAUAUAAGAGUGAAGAAUGGAAAAUUGUCCUUCCCUUAUCAGAUCCUCGAGUUUUAUUAACUAUAGUACCAGAUAAAUCAGACAGUCAAAAAUGUAUUCUUAGAUAUGUGUUAGAGAAUCCUACUCCCAGAAUAUUUACUUUUACAACUCAAUUAUCUAAUGAAGAUAAUCAAAAUCAAUGGGAUUUUUCUUAUGAUGAUAAUAUUGUCCCCCUUCGUCAAACUCCCUUCCCUGUUCUACCAUUUACUCGACAUAUUAUGGAAUUUGUUAGUAAAUUUACAUCACCUGAUAGUAUGAUUAAAUUACCGUCAUUUAAAGUAUUUGAUGUACAAUAUAAAAUCUUAUUACCAACUUUAUCAGUUGAUGAUAAUAUUACUGUUUCCAAACAAGGAUUAUUUUGGAAUAAACAAUUAUCAGUAUAAUAUUAAGAUUAAUAUUAAUAUUAAUUACUAUAU